AUGGCGACCUACAAUCCUCUGCAGCUCCUCCCGCUUCCGCCGACACGCGCCGACCCCAAGCCCAUCCCCUCGGCUAUCACCAUCGACCCGUUCUCGGACCUCGUCUGGGUCGGGACGUCCUCCGGCAGCGUCAGCGCCUUCUGCAAUCCGCUCCAGCUCGCCCCGAACGUCCGCUUCCCGGCGCACGGUUCCAGCGUACCCGGCCUCGGCUUUGUACCUGGCUUCAAUGCCGGAGUGAGGGAGAUCCGCGUCACGGACCGGGAGAUAUGGACGUUGACGGAGGGCGGUGUGGGCGGGCGGAAGAAGGGCGGACAGCCAAGAUGGAGUGUUACGGACCCAAUGAGGGGGAUGAGGAGUAUGAGUCCUAAUCCGCUCAACUCGCAUGAGCUGCUUGUGGGCGGGGUGGGGCAGAUGAUGCUCGUCAAUACAUCCAAAGGGGAUGUGGUACGCAGAGUGACUGAUAGUCAGUUUGACUCUCUUCCAGUGGUCCACCUUGCACCUCUGCAACGUACUGUCUUGUCUGCUCUAUCUUCCGGAUCUAUCAGUAUCCUCGAUCCUCGGACUGGUUUCAAGGCAGCUUCGACUAUGCAGUCACAUACCGGCGGAAUCAGCGGAGCGGACGCCAAUGGCCAUCUGAUAUGUACAUGGGGCUGGACACAUAUGCAAGGCCGACCUCUGCCCGACCCCCUUGUCCGCCUGUACGACAUCCGGAAUCUCCGACCCCUCGCACCUAUCAGUUUCGGUCCCUCGCCCUCCUUUUGCCUUCUCCACCCUACAAACGCCUCCGAGCUCGUCAUCGCUUCGCAAACGGGCACGAUGCAGACCGUCGAUCUAGGAACAAAUCCAGGCGGAUACCAGCAGCUCGACGCGUCCUAUGUCACAUCUAUGGCGUUGUCCCCUCUCGGCGACUAUCUGGCAUUCGGAGAUGCCGAGGGUCAGCUUCAUCUCUGGACUACACAUGAUACGGCGGAUGUAAACGGCGCAAAGCCGCCGUUCAACGGGUAUGAGGGCUUGAAGCCAGAAUGGCCAGACCAGGUCGACCCCCCUACGACUGCGCCAUUCGACGACUUUACACCCCUCAACAUCAUCGGCAUGCCGCACUACACCGAACCUCUUCUCUCCAACAUCCCUCUGUCGGAUUACGCGCCCGUCACUUCCCCAUUCUUCAACCCGCCAGAACCCGUCCCCGCGCCCAUCCUCGCCGCGAUGAAGAUGACGGAUAUGAUUGGAUAUGCGACCAUGCCCCGGGAGCUCAAGGGGAAACGAUACGUCCGGACUGCUCGGCCGGGCGCGGGAAAGUGGGCAACAGGAAAGGGAUGGACGACGGCGAGAAAGGAGAGCGGGCCAAAGUUUCGGAGCGAGAAGGAGAGGUUGAAGUUGUCUGGAUCGAGAGAAGCGGGCGAAGAGGAGACUGUACCCGGACAGGUCCCAAAGCAUUGUCGGAAGGUGGAGAUCAAGUAUUCCAAGUUUGGCAUUGAGGACUUCGACUUCGGCUACUACAACUAUACCGAGUACUCUGGGCUGGAGACCGACAUACUCAACUCGUACACCAAUGCCCUGCUCCAAGCUCUUCAUUACAGCGCACCAGUACGGGCUGUGGCGAAAGCGCACAUCUGCGUCGAGUGUAAGAAGGAGCAUUGUCUUCUGUGCGAAGCGGGAUUCCUCUUCCGGAUGUUGGAAGAUGCGAGGGGAACGAAUUGUCAAGCCAACAACUUCUCUCGCGCAUUCAGCGCUACGCCACAAGCCUCGGCGUUGGGCCUUCUGGAUACCGACGAGACGUCGAAUGCGCCUUAUGGAUCCCUUAUACAAAGCUUCAAUCGCUGGCUGCUCGCCACAUUCAGCUCGGAGGCUAUCGUCGACGGCGAAACAUUCGCCGUGCGGAAGCCGAGUAUGAGCACUCUUUCGCUCGGAUCGAAGGAAUCAGCAAUCGACCAAGUACUGGGAAUACGUACUCGGACGACCAACGCCUGUUCCUCUUGCGACAGUGUUGCGUCAAGAGAGGGUACUCUACAUGUCAUCGAUAUCCAGUAUCUCCGCAAGCCCCUCGAAACCAAAUUUACCGAACUUCUCCGCACUUCCCUUCUACGGGAAUCUAGCACCAAAGCGACCUGCGCCAGCUGCAAGCAAUUCGUUCCCCUCGCUAGCCGCCGCAUCAUCGACGGCGAGUUAGAGGAUAGUCUACCGGCAGUCUUGUCGGUAAAUGCGAUGGUGUCCACACCGGAGAUCUUUGGGCUGUGGCAGGAUAAGCCGACGAGAGGAGGCGCGCCGGCGCCGAGGUUCUUGCCGAAGCAGUUGGUGAUCAGGGCGGAUGAGGCAGGAGAGAUUGCGUUCGCGGAGGAGGGCGAGGGUUUGGUGUAUGAUGUUACGUCGAUCGUGGUCCAAAUUCAGGAGACGCCCGACUCGCAAGCUCACCUGCUGUCAUACGUCAAGAUGCCGAAGAGUGACGAGUCCAAAGGGGGAUGGGUCAUCUUCAACGAUUUUGCUGUUCGGCGUGUUUCGGAGGAAGAAGUUUUCAGCUUCCCGGCACAAUGGAAGGUACCCACAGUGAUCAUGAUGACCCGACGGGAUAGUGCGGAUAUACUUCAGCUCGAGACGCUUCCGAAGCAGAUGGGGACGGGUGUUCUAUUCGAAGACGUCUCGCUAGCAUGGAAUCGCCGACCGAACAUGAUCAAGCAUCAACGUCUUCAACCCGACGAGCUUCCCCGCCAGGGCACCCUUAUUGCUAUCGAUGCGGAGUUCGUCGCGCUCCAGCAGGAGGAGAUGGAGUUCCGGUCAGAUGGGACCAAGAAUGUCCUUCGGCCAUCGCACAUGUCCCUCGCUCGCGUAUCGGUCACUAGGGGGCAAGGGGAGAAGGAGGGCGUGCCGUUUAUCGAUGAUUAUAUCCUUACCAAGGAGGUUGUCGUGGAUUUCUUGACGGAAUUCUCGGGCAUCAAGCAUGGUGAUCUGGAUCCUAACAAUUCGCCACAUACGCUUGUCCCACUCAAAGUGGCCUACAAGAAGCUGCGCCUUCUGGUCGAUCUGGGAUGCAUCUUCAUAGGACACGGUCUCGCCAAGGAUUUCCGGACGAUCAAUAUCUUCGUCCCGCCAGACCAAAUCAUCGAUACCGUCAAGAUCUACAGCUCUCCAUCUCGUCAGCGGCGCCUAUCGCUCCGGUUCCUCGUCUGGUUCCUGCUCGAAACGGAAAUCCAGACGGCUUCUCACGACUCGAUCGAAGAUGCCAAGUACGCGCUUAUGCUGUAUCGAGCCUAUCUUCGGUUUGAGGAGGAAGGGCGGUUUGACGAGAUCAUGGAGCAGAUCUUUGACGAGGGGCAGAAAGUGGGAUUCAGACCGCCACAUGAACAUCGCACGUCCCCGCAAUUCGUUCCGCAGAUGAUGGCCCCACCUCCAUUUGCCCCGCCGAGACCGCCUCGCUAUCACGGCUCGGCACCACCGACGAAUGGUCAGAUGCUACCACCACCAGGUGGCGAUAGUUGGAGGAAUGUGCCACCUAUGGAUGGGAUGAUACCUAGAUCGUCGAGCGUGGCGAGCUCAGCUGGGGGAGGGGCCAGGCCAAGCAGGACCCAGAGGAGGCGGCAUUGA